AGGCCUAGGUAUGCAGAAGAUAUGUUAGCAUGGUAUGCAGGUUGUCUCUCAAACUCCUACAACAACUCACCAUAAUCCCAAGUCUGUAAAUGCCUCUUAUUCUCGUCUAUCUGAGGCUUUCCGACAUGUGACUGCUGGACCUCUCCAAUGUCAGGUUUUCUGUGGUGGAAAGUCGUGCAAGUAUGAGAGGUCAGAUGUGUGGAGUGCCGAGCAGAUGGCUAUCCCUGGCUUGUUUUCUCACUGGGUGACGGAUAAUAUUCUUGCAAUGGCAAGACCAAACUACACCGAGAUGAAGAAACACAGUAUGAUAGACUCUUUUAAAAAAUCAGGCAUCACUGCUAUUAUAAAUCUUCAAGAAACAGGUGAACAUGCCAGCUGUGGAAAUUCGCUUCACAGUUCAGGCUUCAGUUACGAUCCCAUAGAGUUUAUGGAUAACGAAAUUUACUAUUAUAACUUCAAUAUCCAGGACUACUCAGUACCCCUACAACGAUUCCUACUGGAUAUCUGUAAAGUAGUGACCUUUGCACAGAGUGAAGGUUGUGUGGCUAUACAUUGCCAUGCUGGACUGGGACGAACUGGUGUGGUGAUAGCUUGCUUUCUUGUCUAUCAUCACAAGAUGAAACCUAAAGAUGCAAUUCUGCUGGUGAGAAAGAACAGGCCACGGUCCAUCCAGACGAGAGGACAACUGAAAGCUGUAUUUCGUUUCGCUAACUUUCUUUCUCCACUAUGGAUACAAUUCCCUUCACAUGCGCCGUUGUUACCAAGCUACAACCUUGAAGAGAUUAUAGCAAAUCAGAAAAUAGUUCUUCACGGCACCGAGGGGAAGACACUCAAGUACACCCCAAAGGUUGUUUACAUGGUAUGUUGCUGGGUGAUGGAGAAAGUAGGACAGCCCACCAGUGUUCUCCACAAGAGGAUCAGAGCUAAUAACGAAGUUUCAAGACCAGUCACGUGUCCUUCAAGUUACCAGUUUUGUUUGCAGCAGUAUGAUCUAGAUGAAGAUGACCUAGACUCGCUGAACGGAGCCGAGUGUACAGAGAAAGAAGUGGAGGAACUUGAGAGACUGAUGUCAACUACAGGGGUCUUCAGGAGAUCCAGGAGUGUGGAGAACGUACCCGACCUCCCUUCUCCUUCUCAUCCCUACGAUAUCAGGAUCAACAAGAUAUCACAUCGUCUGAACCUGAGUCCCAGGUCUUCCCGGACACAGACCCACAUCAACCAGGACCAGGCCAAUUCUUCUGACACUGUUGUGUCGUCUGACUCUGUGGAGGCACCGGAGAAUGACCUACUUCAGGAGGGAGACUCGGCCAGCAUCCUAGAUCUACACAACAUCUCAGAAGAUGCUGACACUGCAAUCAAGCAGUUUCUAGCGGGGGUAUCUGGUAAAGAGUUACAGGAUGGAGAAGGCAGUGGUGCGAAGUACGAUAUAGAUCUGGUCAUAUCUCAGAUAAACGUGGGCGUCUGGGAGUCAACGAGUGACUUGGCACCGUUCCAGCUAGGGAGCCUUCUGAAAGCCUGGUUUAACUCUCUCUCCAAACCGGUCCUCAGCGUGUUCGAGAUGGAGGCUCUGUUGAGAAAGUGCGAUAUCAGAGUCAGAAACGAGGGUGAAACAACUCCAAAGUACUUGGAGAGGCUUGCAAACGCUUUUGAUACGCUGUCUCCGCCCUUGGUUGCUACCGUUCAUUGUCUGGCAACUGCUUUCGCAGUGCUUCUUUAUGGACCAUUUCAUCUUAAAAGUGGCGAGGUUUUCUCAAUUUUACAGCAUCUCCUCACUCAAAAAGACACUAAGGGGAGUCAAGAUACGGUAGAGUUAAAACGGUUAAGUCCUAUACUGACAGCGUUACUGCAUUCGAAACGCAACGAAAUAUUGCGAGUUAUGAAGCCCAGUAAAUAAAGGAACAUUGUUGUGGUUAUAAGAUGGCUCAAAUAUAUUUGUUACCAUUUUAUCUUAAUCAUAUUCUUAGCCGAGAUCAGCAUCACACAUUUUAACCUCAUAACUACUUUUUCAUCUACAGAUCUACAGUUCUUUAAAGAUCAUUGCGAGAGAUUUUACCUUUAUUUGGGGUCGUUCACAUGAUCAAUUUGUUGGCAGUUUUACACAUCCUCCCGAUCCCCCAUUCCUGGCAGCAAUAUUACGACAUCUUAUUCGGCCCCAAGAUCCAAACCUAAAGAUCCGGCAUCAGCCGUUUUCAUUUGAAAACCUCUCCCCCUCGGCUGAUUACGUAAUAUGUGAACGACCCUUUUUUAACUUAGUUAAUCACUAAACCUUUGCAUGAUAUACAUAGGAUAGGAAAUUAUUUAUUCUGAGAUAACGAAACUAUUUCUUAUUAGCUCUUGACUGAGGCCUUGCUAGCGCACUGUCAAGUUUUAUCAUUCAUAUUUUGUUCAUUUUAUCAUCCACAAGAUGGACCAAAAUAUGCUGAACAUUUAAAUUAACUCUACACAUGGGAAACUGAGCAGUAUGAGUAUUGGGUCAGCUUCCUUUCGUGUUGGGAGCAACUGGAAUAAUUGGAUGUUCAGUUUAUUUUGGCCCAUCCUGUAUAUUUCUUAUCGAUUGAGGGUCAGUAGUUUUAAUCUUUGCGUUCCGACACGCACAGUUCCGAUAUUUUAAUUUAAAGUCAUGUAUUUAAGUCUUUAUACGAGUUGUAAAUAUUUUAUGUAGUUGCUAACAAUAUACAAAUGCAUGCGUUAUUUUUUGUAAAGUGUCAGUCCUGUUGUGACCAGUAUUUUGGAUAGUGGCGUCGGAAGGAAAUUAAAUGUUGGAUUUCGCGGCUCAGUUUGCCACACAUUGCGUGUAUCUUUUUCCGGCAAGCACUGCAGCGAGUCUUUAAGAUUUAAAAAUAUAUGGUCAUACUGGAACAAGAAAACGAUUUUAUUAUUUCAUGUG